AUGCACCACGCAGUGUCGAAGAUGGAUUUGGGGGGGCAUGGGCUGACUGACCAUAUGGCGCGGCUGCUUCAGGAGCAAGGCCACUCGUUCACGACAGACUCGGAUCAGCGCAUUGUGCGCGACAUUAAGGAGAAGAUGUGCUACGUGCCACUGGACUACGCUUGCGAAGUGGACAGCCUGAACGCGUCGACGCGGUCGCAACCGAUGACCUUCCAACUGCCGGACGGCACGCCACUUUCGUUAGGCUCUGCCUGCGUCUCCUGCCCAGAGGCUCUCUUUGACCCCAGCCUGGUUGGCAAGGAGGUCGGACUGGUGGAUCUCAUCUCCAGAUCAAUCCAGGCCUGCGAUGCAGAUGUUCAGUGCUCCCUCUACCAGACCAUCCUCCUGGCUGGAGGGACCAGCCUUCUGCCGGGGCUGCCAGAGCGCCUGGCCAGGGACUUGAUGGCGGCAGGCGUCACCCAGGUGCAACCAAAGGUCCUGGCGCUCGAAAAUCGGCAGUGGAGUGCGUGGGUGGGGGGAUCCAUCCUCGCGGAUCUGGAGGUGUUUCCGAGAAUGUGCGUCAGCAAGGAGGAGUAUGACGAAGAAGGGCCUGUCAUCGCUCACCGGAAGUAUGUGUAG